AAGUGCGUAGGAACCUUAUUCCUAUUACGUAGUUCCGGGGGAAAGAUUUCGGUGCGACAAACCAGAAACCGUAAACAAAAGCCGACUAAACUGUUAACCUUUAUUUGCUUGACAUUAUGUACUUUUAACAGUUGUUCCGAGACGACGUUUACACUCUUUUCAGACGCUUUGGUUAGAAAAUGAUCUACCACAUCCCCUGGAUCUACGCGCCCGUGCGGACUGUCCUGGCGAUCUGGCACCAGCUGACCAAGAGCGAGAUCCCAGAGCUGGCCAAGUGCUCAGUGCUGAUGAAGGAGCGCAGCAGGGUGGAGGAGACAAUCUGCGCCAUGCAGCGAGCAGGUGCAGGCAGCCUGCAGGUAAUCUCAGACUUCGAUAUGACACUGACCAGAUUUGCCCACAAUGGAACGAGGGUUCCCACCACGCACAAUAUCCUCGAUAACCGGUUGUUGAUUGACGAAGAUUGCACCAAGAAGUUCAUGCUGAUAUACGUCCCUCGCAGCUGGUCUGCAGAUAUAAAGAAUGUUCAAUAUUGUUUGUUGGUCCUCUGUCAGAUGAGGGAGCUGUUGAACACAUACUAUCCCAUAGAGAUUGAUGCUGGCAGGACUGCUGAAGAAAAGCUGCCCCUCAUGGUGAAGUGGUGGACGGAGGUGCAUGAGCUGCUGAUUCAGCAGAGGAUCAGGAAGGACAUGCUGGCCAAGGCUGUAAAGGAAUCCAGUGCAGUGCUCAGGGACGGCUACAAAUUGUUUUUCGACCAUCUGACGGAGCAGCAGGUCCCUCUGAUGAUCUUCUCGGCUGGUGUUGGCGACGUCCUGGAGGAGGUGAUUCGACAGAACCACGUUUUCUAUCCCAAUGUCCACAUCAUCUCCAACUACAUGGACUUUGACCAAACCGGGGCCCUAAGAGCCUUCAAAGGCCAAUUGAUCCACUCCUUCAACAAGAGGGAAGGAGCUUUGUCACAUGCGGCCGGCCUCAGGGAACUGCAGGGUCGCCCCAACGUUCUGCUGCUGGGAGACUCUUUGGGAGACCUGACCAUGGCCGACGGCGUGUCCGAGCACCAGAACAUCCUCACCAUCGGCUUCCUCAACGAUAAGGUGGAAGAGAGGAAGGAGGCGUACAUCAACUCCUUUGACAUCGUGCUCGUGCAGGACGAGACGAUGGACGUGGCAAACGCCGUCCUCAGAUACAUUACCUCAUUGAGACACAAGUAAGAACUUUGACAUGUACACAGAUUCACCGUAUGUGUAAAAAAUGUCAUUUUGUUAAUGUUUUAUCUUCAGAUGUGUUUCGUUUAAUGUGCACUGUAUCAUACAAAAAGAUUUACUUGCGAGAUACAGCUAACAUGACAGAGCUAUUGAGUUGUUUUAACGAUGUAACUUGUGUUCGCAUCACAAUCCUACAGUAUUUCCUAGAAAGGAAUAUACUGUCUGGGAUGAGUGUGUCUUUCAACUGGAACACUGUGGGUGCUGAUAAUUAGUAUUGUUAUAAAUACAUUUGCAGUUCUCUCGGAUAAAUGUUCUUGAAUUAUUGUCUAAUAAACAAAAGGUACUGGUUUGUUUUUCAUACACAGAAGCUCAAAAACAUACCGUUGCACUAUUUUCAAAAUGUAAGGAAAAAGUCCCUUGUCUUUUAAAGCAACAAUUCUCAUCACAA